AUGGGUUUGGGACGCUUUACAUACAUACUUCUUUUAGUUUUUACUUUUUCAAUACUAAUUUUCGAUUUUUUCGUGGUCGCUAAUUCUAACCAGCCUUCCUUGCAGCAAUCGAAGCCAUUGUGCCAUGACCAAGAGAAGAUUGCAUUGCUUCAUUUUAAGCAAAGCUUUCUUCUUGAUUGCUCCACGUCAUCAUUUUCUGAUUUCGCAUAUCCAAAGGUGAAAUCAUGGCAUGAUGAAUUAGAUAUUCAUCAUCCGGAAAAUGCCACUGUAAGUGGUGAUUGCUGUAGGUGGGAUGGUGUCAAGUGCAAUGAGGAGACGGGUCACGUGAUUAGCCUUAACCUUAGUAGCAGUUGCCUUUACGGCACCUUCCCCCGUAACAGCACACUCUUCAGCCUUAAUCAUCUCCGUGAGCUUGAUCUUUCUUUUAAUAACUUCAAUUAUUCUCAAAUCCCCUCUGACAUUGGUCAUCUAUACAAGCUCACACACCUCAACCUCUCCUAUUCAGUUUUAAGUGGUCAAAUUCCACCAGAAAUUUCAAAACUGUCAAGCCUAUCUCUUCUUGAUCUUUCCUUUAAUGGAGAUCGGCCUACACGUGUUAAUGAGAAGUUAAAUCUGAAACUUAAUGAUUUGAGUCUAGAGAAGUUGGUCUAUAAUUUAAGUCGUUUAACUCAUCUUCAUCUAGACUUAGUUGACGUAUCGUCUGAGGUACCCCUUAGCUUAAGCAACCGAACUUCCCUAAAAGCUAUCUCCCUCCCUUUCUGCAAUCUAUUGGGUGAAUUGCCACAAAGUAUUUUCUGGCUACCAAAACUUGAAGAAAUUUGGUUGGGUUUCAAUUCUAAAUUAGGAGGAUAUCUUCCUGAUUUUCAUUCUAAUAGUCCUCUUCGUGCUUUAAGUCUAUGGGAAACAAAAUUUUCAGGGGAAUUGCCAGAUUCACUUGGAAAUCUGGUUUUCUUGAAUAUUAUGAUUCUGGAAGAUUGUGAAUUCUCUGGAAAAAUUCCAUCCUCAAUAGGUAAUUUGACAGACCUUACCAUACUCGGCCUUGCUGGCAAUUAUUUUAGUGAGCUCCCUCACUCUAUCAUGAACCUAACACGUCUUACUUCUUUAUCCCUUUCAAACAUGAUGAAUGUUGAGACUGCUGGAAUAUUGAAUUCUUGGUUGCUUAAGCUAAAUUUUAUCACUCAUCUAUACCUUCCCCAUAUGAAUUUAGGAAAUGAAUUUUUUCCUACUCUGUCUAACUUUACCAGACUCUAUGAUUUGGAGCUUAGCAACAACUUGUUAACAGGCCCACUUCCAAGUUGGCUCAUGAAUCUAACCCAAUUAGAAUCCUUAGACCUAUAUAUAUGGUAA